AUGAACCCCGCAGAAGCGGCCGAGGAGGCGCCCAGCGACCCCGACACUGAUGCAUUCUUCAAAACAGGGUCUCUGAGGACUGAAGGCAUCAAGGCGUCUGAUGUUCUGCCUGUUUUGAAGGAGAAAGUGGCCUUUGUAUCUGGUGGGCGGGACAAACGAGGAGGACCCAUCUUGACGUUCCCUGCACGAAGCAACCAUGACCGAAUAAAACAGGAGGACCUGAGAAGACUGGUCACAUACCUGUCUACUGUUCCCAGUGAAGAUGUGUGCAAGCGAGGCUUCACUGUCAUCAUCGACAUGCGGGGCUCCAAGUGGGAGCUGAUCAAGCCUCUGCUAAAGACACUGCAGGAGUUUUUCCCGGUUGAGAUCUGCGUUGCACUCAUCAUCAAACCUGACAACUUCUGGCAGAAGCAGAAGACCAACUUUGGCAGCGCAAAGUUUUCCUUUGAAACCACCAUGGUGUCAGUGGAAGGUCUCGCCAAGUUGGUUGAUCCUUCACAGCUCACAGACGACUUUGAAGGUUCUUUGGACUACAACCAUGAGGAGUGGAUGGACCUUAGAGUCUCUCUGGAGGAGUUCAUGGCCAAUGCCGUUCAUCUGCUGUCCCGGCUGGAAGACCUGCAGGAUGUUUUGUCCAAGAAAGAAUUUCCUUCUGACGUUGAAGGAUCUCGUCGGCUAAUAGAAGAGCACACACAGCUGAAGAAGAAGGUGCUAAAAGCUCCCGUGGAAGAGUUGGACCGUGAAGGCCAACGCCUGCUGCAAUGUAUCCGAUGUAGUGAUGGUUAUUCGGGGAGGACCUGCAUCUCUGGUUCUGCCGAUUUCCAGAGCCUUGUGCCCAAGGUGGCCAGUCUACUGGACAAGCUCCAUUCCACCAGGCAGCAUCUCCACCAGAUGUGGCAUGUUCGGAAACUGAAGUUGGACCAGUGCUUCCAACUACGGCUAUUUGAGCAGGACGCAGAGAAGAUGUUUGACUGGAUCAGCCACAACAAGGAGCUGUUCCUACAGAGCCAUACCGAAAUAGGACGAACGUACCAACAUGCCGCUGAGCUGCAGACGCAACACAACCACUUUGCCAUGAACUCUAUGAACGCCUAUGUCAACAUCAACCGUAUCAUGUCGGUAGCGAGUCGCCUGUCAGAGGUGGGACAUUAUGCCUCCACACAGAUUAAACAGAUUUCAAGUCAGCUGGACCUCGACUGGAAAAGUUUUGCAGCUGCUCUUGACGAACGAUCCACCAUCCUCGCCAUGUCCGCUGUUUUCCACCAGAAAGCGGAACAGUUCUUGUCAGAGGUGGAGGCGUGGUGCAAAGUCUGCAGUGAAGGGGGUCUCCCAACUGAGAUGCAGGAGUUGGAGCUGGCCAUCCACCGUCAUCAGAGCCUUUACGAGCAGGUCACACAGGCCUACACCGAGGUGAGCCAGGAUGGGAAAGCUCUUCUGGAUGUUCUGCAAAGACCGCUUAGUCCUGGCAACUCAGAGUCUCUGACUGCCACUGCAAACUACUCCAAAGCGGUCCAUUGUAUACUGGAUGUGGUCCAUGAAGUGCUCCACCAUCAGCGCCGUCUGGAGAAUAUUUGGCAGCACCGAAAAGUCCGACUGCACCAGAGACUGCAGCUGUGUGUAUUCCAGCAGGAUGUUCAGCAGGUUAUGGACUGGAUUGAAAACCAUGGUGAGGCUUUCCUCAGCAAACACACUGGAGUGGGGAAAUCCCUUCAUCGAGCUCGAGCACUGCAGAAACGACAUGACGACUUUGAAGACGUUGCUCAGAACACAUAUACUAAUGCAGACAAGCUACUGGAGGCGGCCGAGCAACUGGCACAGACGGGCGAGUGUGACCCAGAGGAGAUAUACAAGGCGGCGCGUCACCUGGAGGUUCGAAUACAAGACUUUGUACGACGUGUUGAGCACAGGAAGCUGCUACUUGACAUGUCUGUGUCAUUCCACACGCACACCAAAGAGCUUUGGUCAUGGAUGGAGGAGCUCCAAAAGCAGCUGCUGGAUGAUGUGAGCUGCGACUCUGUAGAUUCAGUGCAGACACUCAUUCAGCAGUUCCAGCAGCAGCAGACAGCCACACUGGAAGCCACGCUCAAUGUCAUCAAGGAGGGGGAAGAACUUAUGCAGCAGCUCAGAGAUGCAGCCAUGUCCACCAAUAAGACGCCGCAUUGCAGUUCCAUCGCUCACAUCCAGGGAGUGCUGCAGCAAUUGGAUGAGGCUCAAGGCCAGAUGGAGGAGCUGUUUCACGAGCGCAAAAUAAAACUCGACAUCUUCCUGCAGCUACGCGUCUUUGAGCAGUACACCAUAGAGGUAACGGCUGAGUUAGACGCAUGGAAUGAGGACCUUGCUCGUCAGCUGAAUGAUGCGGGACGCUCGAGCAGCAGCAGCAGUAGCGGCGGUAGCAGUGGGAGCAGCAGCACUUCCUCCGGCGGAGCAGAGGACAUUGGCUUGGCCGAACAGAGGCUGAAGAGGCACGCCGAGAGGAAAGCGGCGAUGAACAACAUGACCUAUGAAGUGAUGCAGCAGGGACAAGACCUGCACCAGUACAUCAUGGAGGUGCAGGCCUCAGGCAUUGAGUUGACGGGGGAGAAGGACAUGGAUUUGGCCUCUCAGGUUCAGGAGCUCCUGGAGUUGCUACAUGAGAAGCAGCAGGAAGUGGAGCUCAGUGCUCAGCACACGCAUUCAAGACUGGAGCAAAGCCUGCAACUGCGUCACUUGCAGGCCGAGGUCAAACAGGUGCUCGGAUGGAUCCGUAAUGGUGAGUCCAUGUUGAACGCCAGCAUGGUGAAUGCCAGCUCGUUGUCUGAGGCAGAGCAGCUGCAGAGGGAGCACGAACAGUUCCAGAUGGCGAUAGAGUCCCUGUUCCAUGCUAACUCCCUCCAAAAGACCCAUCAGAGUGCUUUGCAAGUCCAGCAGAAAGCAGAGAUGAUGCUUCAGGCUGGUCACUAUGACCCAGAAGCCAUCCGCAGCUGUGCUGAGAAGGUAGCCGUCCACUGGCAGCAGUUGAUGCUUAAGAUGGAAGACCGCCUGAAGCUCGUCAAUGCCUCGGUGGCCUUCUACAAGACUUCCGAACAGGUUUGCAGCGUGUUGGAAAGCCUGGAGCAGGAAUACCGACGGGAUGAGGACUGGUGUGGAAUUCAUGAUAAAGUGGCAACCCUGGCUGACUGCGACCACCUUGUGCCUCUGAUCAGCAAACAUCUUGAACAGAAAGAAGCCUUUCUCAAGGCAUGUACGCUGGCUAGGAGGAAUGCUGAGGUCUUCCUCAAGUACAUCCACAGGAACAACGUUAGCAUCCCGGGAGCCGCUAGUCAUGGCAGAGGGCCCGAACAGCAGGUCAAAGCUAUUCUGAAUGAGCUGCUGCAGAGAGAAAACAGAGUCUUGCACUUCUGGACUCUGAAAAAGAGAAGGCUGGACCAAUGUCAACAGUACCUUGUCUUUGAACGCAGCGCCAAGCAGGCCCUUGAAUGGAUUCAGGAGACGGGUGACGUUUACCUGGCUACACACGCAUCAUCAAGUGACAGCAGCAAGGAGGCACAACAGCUCCUUAGUGACCAUCAUCACUUUAAAUUGACUGCCAAGCAAACAAAGGAGAAAGUGAAGCUCCUCAUCCAGCUCGCCGACAACUUGGUGGAGAAAGGGCAUGUCCACGUUAAUGAACUUAAGCGCUGGGUGAGCACGGUUGAUCGUCGAUACCGCGACUUCUCCCUGCGUAUGGCAAAGUACCAGGAGAACCUUGAGAGGACUCUUGGUGUUUCGUCUGAGGACAAUAAGGACUUAGAGUUGGAUAUUAUUCCAGCCAGCUUGUCGGACGAUCCUGAGAUCAAACUACGGGAGCCAACUGAUGAGGUCAAUGAGGAGAAAAGGAAAUCAGCGAGGAAGAAAGAGUUCAUCAUGGCUGAGCUUCUGCAGACUGAGAAGACCUAUGUCAGAGAUCUCCAAGAAUGUCUGGAGACCUACUUGUGUGAGAUGACCAAGGGUGGGGAUGAAAUCCCACCUGCGAUAGCCAAUAAGGAGCUCGUCAUCUUUGGCAACAUGCAGGAGAUCUACGACUUCCACAACAAUAUUUUCCUGAAGGAGCUUGUCAACUAUGAGCAGCUGCCAGAGGAUGUGGGUCACUGCUUUGUCACCUGGGCUGAUAAAUUCCACAUCUACGUGGAUUACUGCAAGAACAAGCCCGAUUCCAGCCAACUCAUCCUUGAGCAUGCUGGCACCUUUUUUGAUGAUAUCCAGCAGCGACGUGGCCUGGCUAACUCCAUCUCAUCUUACCUCAUCAAACCGGUGCAGAGAAUCACCAAGUACCAGCUGCUCCUCAAGGAGUUGCUGUCAUGCUGCGAAGAGGGCAAAGGAGAGAUCAAAGAUGGUCUAGAGGUCAUGCUCAGUGUUCCCAAGAGAGCCAAUGAUGCCAUGCACCUCGCCAUGUUGGAAGGUUUCGAGGAAAAUUUGGAGGUGCAGGGUGAGUUGAUGCUGCAAGACAGUUUCCAGGUUUGGGAUCCGCGUUCGCUAAUCCGAAAAGGGCGGGACCGGCACCUCUUCUUGUUUGAGUUCUCGCUGGUCUUCAGCAAGGAGUUCAAAGACUCGGCAGGCAGAACUAAGUACCAGUAUAAACAAAGACUACUGACAUCAGAGUUGGGGGUGACAGAGCACAUAGAAGGCGACCCAUGUAAAUUUGCACUCUGGGCUGGACGAACCCCAUCCUCCGACAAUAAAACUGUGUUAAAGGCGUCCAGUGUCGAAGCCAAACAGGAAUGGAUAAAGAACAUCCGGGAGGUGAUCCAGGAGAGAAUGACUCACCUGAAAGGGGCUUUGAAAGAGCCAGUUCAGCUACCUAAAACAGCAACACUGACCAAACCUCGCAAUAACGCCAAAAGGGAUGGAGGCGAGGAUGGAGACAGUCAGGGAGACGGCAGCAGCCAACCAGACACCAUUUCCAUUGCAUCCAGAACCUCGCAGAACACAGUGGACAGUGACAAGCUCUCUGGGGGUUGUGAGUUGACGGUGGUGCUGCAGGACUUCACAGCAGGAUGUAGCAGUGAGAUCUCUGUCAGCACUGGCCAGACAGUGGAGCUGCUGGAGAGGCCCAGUGAGCGACCCGGGUGGUGUCUGGUCCGGACCACCGAACGCAGCCCGCCUCAAGAGGGUCUGGUCCCCAGUUCUGCCCUAUGUGUGUCCCACUCGCGCUCCAGUGUGGAGAUGGACUGCUUCUUCAACUCAGGGAAAGAAAACUAUUCUGUCAGCGGCUCCGAUGGAAAGACUGAGUCAGUGACGAACCUCCAGCCGCAGCAGUCACUCAGCUCACUGCAGUCCAACUCACCAGGACCCAAGCGCUCCGGAAACACACUCCGGAAAUGGCUGACCAAUCCCGUUCGUCGCCUAAGUCAUGGCAGCUCAGUUAAGAAACACCCCAACAACAAACAGAAAAAGACCGGUUCUGGGGAGGGGAGAGAUGAGAGCAAGAAAGGGCAGCCUGACCUUAACCCACAAGAUGACAUCAUUAAUCAGCAUAUCAUCAGCAAAGAGGGUAACCUCCUCUCCAAGACGUCAUCUGGCACGCAGAGUGGCGGCGAAGAGGAGCAGGAUGAGGAGGCGCAUACACCAUUGCCUCCACCCAUGGAGAUCAUCAAGGAUCCGUCGUCGUCGUCCUUGCUAACAUCUCUGCAGUCGUCUUCUGAAGUGCCCUGUGCUGCCGAGCUGGUUAGCGCCAUAGAAAAACUGGUUAAAACCAAGAUGGUGAGUGUGGCACACCCAGUCUUUUCCCCACUCUCUCCACCGGAACAAAGCACUCCAGUUCAGCCCCGGAACCCUGAGCUGGAACAGAGAGCCAAAGCCAUGAGGGGCCGCAUGUUUGUUCUUAAUGAGCUGAUACAGACAGAGAAGGACUAUGUCAAAGACUUGGGCAUCGUAGUUGAGCGCUUUAUGAAGAGGAUAGAGGAAAAAGGAAUUCCCGACGAUAUGAAAGGAAAAGAGAAGAUCGUCUUUGGGAACAUCCAUCAGAUCUAUGAUUGGCACAGAGACUUCUUUGUUGGAGAGUUGGAAAAAUGUCUAGACGACCACGAGCACCUGGCCGAGCUCUUCAUCAAACAUGAAAGAAGAUUGCACAUGUAUGUGGUGUACUGUCAGAACAAACCCAAGUCUGAGUUCAUCGUAGCAGAAUAUGACAGUUAUUUUGACGGAGUCCAGCAGGACCUUGAGUCCCGAUUGAGCAUAAGCGACUACCUUAUCAAACCAAUCCAAAGAAUCACAAAAUACCAGCUACUAUUGAAGGAUUUCCUUAAGUAUAGCUCCAAAGCGGGAAUGGACUGUGAACAAAUAGAGAAAGCAGUAGAUUUGAUGUCUCAGGUUCCCAAACUGUGUAACGACAUGAUGAACUUAGGACGGUUACAAGGAUAUGAGGGCAAGCUAACCAGUCAAGGCAAGCUGCUACAGCAGGAGACGUUCUACGUGACUGAGCAGGACGGUGGCGUCUUGUCACGCUCAAAAGAGCGCCGGGUUUUCCUUUUCGAGCAGAUCGUGAUUUUCAGUGAACUGCUAAGGAAAGGCUCAACCACGCCUGGAUACCAGUUCAAAAAGAGCAUAAAGGUGUCCAACUUGGGUCUAGAAGAGAGCGUGGACAACGAUCAGUGUAAGUUCGUCUUGUCAUGUCGUGGCUCGUCGGAGCAUUUUACCCUGCAGGCGGCCAACGUUGACAUCAAGCAGGUCUGGAUCGGACACAUCCAGGCACUUCUGGAUGCUCAAAGCAACUUCCUAUCUGCACUCGUGUCUCCUAUUGAGUACCAGCUAAAGAGCGGCUACAGCUUGUCGCUGACCAGAAACCGCUCAACAGCCAGCAAUCGUUCGACCACGCCCUCUCACAGCCGGCCCUCGUCAGCGGUCAACCCCGGCGAAAAGGAUAGUGAGAGAGGCCAAAGCCACUUGAACAUGUCCACCUCCAACGGUGGCACGUCAUGCUUUGACUCCAAGGAGAACGGCGGCGGCGGGUCCUGCAAUGGCGCCUCGUCCACCAUGCGUGUCAUUCAAGACUACUCUGCCCUCAAGGAGAAUGAAAUUUGCGUGAGCCAAGGUGAAACGGUGCAGGUCCUGGCGACCAAUCAGCAGAACAUGUACCUCGUUUACCGGGCCGCCAACAGCCAGUCACCCGCUGCCGAGGGCUGGGUGCCGGGACACGUCCUGGGCCCUUCCCACAAGCUAUUAAAAGACUCCUCUUCUGCCACGUCCUUCUCUGCGGCGGUGGCCGACGCCAGCAACAUCAAAAAGUCUCUCUCGUGGAACACGCUACGCGCUAGGAAGCGUGCCGAAGCCAAGGAGCUCUCAGCAUUGGGGGUCAGAGGUCAAGAGAAUGGCCUCCUGCGUAAGACAAAAGAAACUACGCCCCCUCCCCCGCUGCCUGCCUCCCCUGUUGCCAGGGCGAAGGGCAAAGAGGUUCACACUUCUGAUGAAUCAGACUGUGACGACGACCUUGACCCAAAGACUGGCAUGGAGCUUCUCAACCCAAACUUCAUCCAGGAAGUUGCUCCAGAGUUCCUGGUACCACUCUCAGACAUAGUGUGUGCCUUCGGGGAGACUGUUGUCCUCUGUUGCAAAGUUUGUGGACGACCCAAACCCACUUUCACCCUUAAGGGACCUGACCAGAACCCGGUGACCAGCAACAGCCGUUUCACCAUUGACAUCAGGGAUACGGGCGACAUCUUGUUGAAGAUCUGUAACCUAAUGCCGCAGGACACCGGCAUCUACACCUGUGUCGCUGUCAAUGAGCAUGGCUCUGCCUCCUCAUCCGCCUCGAUUAAAGUACAAGGUAUUCCAGCUGCCCCUGGAAGACCAGUAGCUCAGGAGGCCAGCAGUACAUCUGUGAUGCUCCACUGGCCGCCGCCGACUUCUUCUACUCACUGUUCAGUCAGCAGCUACAUGGUGGAGUACCGCCAAGAAGACUCACUGCUCUGGCAACAGGUGUCCAGCAGUAUGGAGGAGUGCCUUCAGAUCGACACCCUCAUCCCCGGCGGCCACUACCAGUUCAGAGUCCGAGCUUCCAACCGCUGGGGACUUGGCCCUCCAUCAGAGCCUUCCAAUAUGGUGUCACUGUCCAGCAGUAACUCUGCUCAUGACGGAACAGGAAUCCAAUGGAAAGAAAAUUUUGAGUCAACAUUCUCUGAGAUUUGUGAGAUUGGAAGGGGACGUUUCUCGGUCGUGCGAAAAUGUCUCAACAAGGUCACAAAGAAAGAGGUGGCAGUGAAGUUCGUGAACAAGAAAAUGCAAAAGAAGGAACAGGCAGCUCAUGAAGCCGAUAUUCUCCAACAUGUGCAAAACCACCAGCUGGUGUCACUAUUGGACACCUAUGAGUCCCCGACGUCACUGAUGCUUGUCCUGGAGUUGCUUGAGGAUGGUCGUCUCCUUGAUUACUUGGUUGCCCACGAUGAGUUGAUGGAGGAGAAGGUGGCCUUCUUCAUCCGAGAGACACUAGAAGCACUGCAGCACCUUCACACCUGCCGAGUAGCACACCUGGACUUGAAGCCUGAGAACAUCAUGGUGGAUCUCCAUUCUCCCACACCGUGCGUCAAGCUCAUUGACCUAGGAGAUGCUGUCCAGCUGUCUGCACACCGCCGCUACGUCCACUUGUUGUUGGGUAACCCAGAGUUCGCUGCACCUGAGCUCAUCUGUGGCACCCCGGUCUCUGUCGCUACCGACGUGUGGAGCAUCGGAGUCCUGGUUUACGUCAUGCUCAGCGGCGUGUCGCCCUUUCUCGACGAGUCUCCUGAGGAAACUUGCGUCAACAUCUGCCGCCUUGAUUUCUGCUUCCCCGAUGAUUACUUCAGGGAUGUGAGCCAGGCGGCGAGGGAUUUUGUGUCCUCUGCUCUCCAGCAGGACCCAAGGAAGAGGCCAACUGCUACAUCCUGCUUGCAGCACCCGUGGGUGGGCCGUGGAGGCGCACACGGUGGGGAGUACUCCAAGACACCUCUGGACACUACUCGAUUGGCCAUGUUUAUUGAUCGAAGAAAACAACUUCAUGAUGUGCGUCCCAUCACCAACAUCAAAGGACUAGUGAGCAACAGUAUGGGAAAUUCACUGUGA